AUGCUGAAACGCAACGGUCAGAGCCGCGUUUCGGCAACGACGGAGCCACCGGCGACGACAAACUCGGUCGUGGACGUUGAGGCAGGGCGGGACUCGCCACCGAACGUGUGCCUGCAGCCUGCACUUGAACACUGGGGCGACCACGCGUACGCCGAACACAAUGCACUGUCUGAGAGAGGCCGUGCUGAGCGGGAAACUUCUGACGCUGGAGCGGUAGCGCUCAGUGACUGCACCAGAGGGUCCAGGCAGAGCGCAGGUGCGACUGAUGCACCAGCAGCGUGUGCAGGAACAGCAAGUACCCACGAGACAAGUUGCGCUUUAUCUAACGCUGACCGGCCCGAAGGUCAACGAACCGACAAGCAAACCUCGCAUACUAUGCGCGUCCAGGCGAGUGCGAGCUGGACACACGCUGUAGACGAGAACCCGCAGCGAUCAAAGGACUCGUGUGAGCGACAGCAGCCCGCUUCGGAUGGACGCAAAGCCUCUCCGCCGAACUCGGGACCUGCACUGGGGUCAACGAGCCCACAGACGGAUCAUAGCAAGCCCGGGGGUACAGGAGCUGCACAAACGCCAGCACCGAAUCAGAAUCCUGUUGAUAGCUUUCGCUGGCAACAACUUCUCCAGUAUCAUGCGUCGCGUAACGUAGGAUCCAGAGCGCGAGAUCUUUUAGCCCUGGAGAGGACUUUUCUUUCCAUGAUUCGGACGAGCCUCUCAUCCGUGGCGCUCGGGGUUGCCAUUGCGAAACUCAUUGGAACCCGCCUAGCGGAUGCUACCGGCACGGUGUUCAUUAGCCUCGGGCUCCUGACGCUGAUAAUUGGACUCUGGCGGUAUUACACUCAAAUUUUGGCCAUUGAGCGGGGCCAGUUCGCAGCCGACACCGUAUUUCCUUGGAUUGUGGUGGUUCUGCUGCUCACGUCCGGUGUGGUGUCGCUGGUGCUUAUCUUCAAGUGA